UGGAAACACAGAGCAAAAUCAUGGCGAGAGGAGAUAGAGACCGACUGAGUGAUUUGCCCGACGAAAUUCUAAUUCACAUCCUCUCUAUGUUGCCGGAGAGUGACAAUAAAUUAAUUGUGAGAAGCAGCGUAUUAUCUAAACGAUGGAGAUUUCUUUGGAAGGCCGUCCCAAUAUCACUCGAUUUCGGCCGAUUCGUGGUAAAAGGGAAUCGUGAUUUCGUGGGUUCCGUCAACAGAGAGCUUCAUUAUUGGAGAUCUUUCGAGAAAAUUCGAACAUUCAGGGUCGUUCUCUAUAAUUACGAGGAGAUGAGUAAAGUUAAAGAUGUUGAUUUAUGGGUAUAUUUUGCAAUUAAAGUAGCUAAUGUUGAAGAUUUUACACUUGAAAUUGAAUCUGAUAGUCACUUAUAUGAGUUUCCUCAGUUUGCAUAUAAGAAUACAUCGCUGAGGAAUUUGGUUUUAAGCGGCUGCAAACUGAACCCUUCUGGUAGUGUUAACUGGACUAGUCUCGUCUCUCUUUCCAUUAGGAACAUUGAAUUGACAGAUGGUGUAAUGGGAAAAGUAUUAUCUGGUUGCCCUAACUUGGAGUGCUUGGAACUGUCCGUCCCAAUAUCACUCAAUUUAUUUGUAAAAGGGAAUCGUGAUUUCGUGGGUUCCGUCAACAGAGAGCUUCAUUAUUGGAGAUCUUUCGAGAAAAUUCGAAAAUGCAUGAUCGUUCUCUAUAAUUACGUGGAGAUGAGUAAUGUUAAAGAUGUUGAUUUAUGGGUAUAUUUUGCAAUUAAAGUUGCUAAUGUUGAAGAUUCUUCACUUGAAAUUAUUCUUCAAAAUGAAUAUGAGUUACCUCAGUUUGCAUAUAAGAAUACAUCGCUGAGGAAUUUGGUUUUAACCCGCUGCAAACUGAACCCUUCUGGUAGUGUGAACUGGACUAGUCUUGUUUCUCUUUCAAUCAGGAGACAUAGAUUGACGGAGGGAGUAGUGGAAAAGGUAUUAUCCGGUUGCCCUAACUUGGAGUGCUUGAAAUUAGUACAAGUUUGGGGCAUUCAUCGUUUGGAAAUCAGCUCUGUGAAGCUGAGAAAACUGAUUAUUGAAGAGUACACAUAUGGGAAGCUAGAAAUAUUAGCCCCAUAUAUUCAUCAUUUGCAAAUUUCGGGGUCCUGCAAAGGGAUACGCUUAAAGCAGAAAAAUGUGGCUUCACUUAUCACCACAGAUCUUGACUAUUCAAAUUUUUAUGAGAAUUUGGAGGAGGAGUUAAGCUGUUUGAAUGAAUUUCUUCACGGUGUUGCCCAUGUUGAGAAUCUUGAAUUGAGUCCCUGGUGCAUUGAGCUCCUGUCCCUAUUGGAGUUGAAAGGCUGGAAGUCUCCACCAUCAAGCCGGAAAUUCUUAAAACUUAAUGCAGCCUUGGAACAGUUGGACUUCCCUGGAGUUUGUAGCUUUCUACAGAGUUCAUCGGAUCUUGAGACAUUGGUCAUUGACUGGGACUAUCAUGAUUCAAGAGAGAUACUGUCAAAGUACACAAAUGAGGAUGAACAGCGCAGGAGGUUUGAGACAUAUAAUUUUAACAGCUCAUUGCUACAUUUAAAGACCAUCAAGAUCAUUAACUUUGAUGGACCAUUAAGUGGAAAUAAGUCUAUACUGCCAUAUAUAAAAUAUUUUCUCAAGAAUGCAACAACGCUAGAAAAGUUCGUCAUUGCAGCCAAAUUCAAAGGGAGUGAUGUGCCUCAGGAUUAUGUUAAAAUGGCACAGGAGUUCCAAAGCUUUCCAAGAUCCUCUGCGCAAGCUUCAGUUGUCUUUUCAUAUUGAUAACAUUUUGCCCCUAUCAUUUGUUACCCUAGCUGUUACUUUAUGUUUUGAGAUUGGUUUUGUAGCUUAUAGAGAAUGUUAAGAUUGUGCUUGUCCUUUUCCAAGGAGUUGUUAGUAGCUCUUGAUAUCUAAGUCACAGCGUGCGAAAGCUUGCUCUAAAUGUUUUGUGAUUUCUAUUAUUUUGGCUGAAUGCUGAUAAUGAUUUUAUACUA